AUGCUUGUUAUCAGAGAAUUCGAAAAGAAAGACCAGGAAAGCGCUUAUAAAACAUGGAAAUAUGGGAUGGCAGUGGACUGGAGUCAGGGACUCUUCGAAUGGUCCGUCCGCUGCACAGAACUCAUCAUGUUUCCCUUCCUCCUCCAGCUGCUCUUAUUCUUCCUCGGUUUCUUCAAAACUCCAGAAGAAGGCAAUAAUAUCCUCAUCUUCGUCUGUCUUUUCUGGUUCGCCUGUCUCAAGGGCUUCUCCAAAUACGUCGGCCACAGCUACAGGUUUCUCGUCGCGACGACUGAAGAAGAACCGGAUAAUGUGAUUGGGACGAUUGUUUAUGUCGAGUCCGAAAAGGAAGAAACCUUCAAGGGCGAAGUUUUGGGCGGAAAAACUUGGAUUAUGUUUUCGAUGAGCGUGUGCCCAAAUCACAGGAAGAAAGGUAUCGCCAGAGCUCUUCUAGAGCACUUGGAAAAACUCGCGCGAAGGGAAAAAGUCUCCCACGUGAUGUUCGACGCUUCCAGCCCCCAAACCGCAGCUCGUCAGUUCUACACAAAGGCCGGAUACGAACAUGAAAUCCUCACUUUCCCGCUCCAAAGAAUCGCUACUUUUUUCGACACUGCGCUUGAAAAAUUUUUGGUGAAAAAGUAUUUCCAAAUCUGCAAAAUCGAAUCUUUUAAUUUUCACAAAAAGAUGAAAAAAUAA